AUAAGGUCGCUGGCCUGGAGCCACCGCGCCGUCGGAGCAGGAGCGCUGAGCGCCCAGGCGCCCGGAGCGCACCGUUGCUCGAGGGACGCACCCCGUCUCGGCACGCACAGCCCUGCUACCGUCCAGCCUCCCGCACCCUCGCCGCCAGAACUGCGCCCCGAGCCCGAGGGAGGUGCCAUGCGGAGCGCGCCGAGCCAGUGCGCGGUAACCCGCGCCCUGGUCCUAGCCGGUCUCUGGCUGGCAGCAGCCGGGCGCCCCCUAGCCUUCUCGGACGCGGGGCCUCACGUGCACUACGGCUGGGGUGAGCCCAUCCGCCUGCGGCACCUGUACACCGCCGGCCCCCACGGCCUCUCCAGCUGCUUCCUGCGCAUCCGAGCCGACGGGGGGGUUGACUGCGCGCGGAGCCAGAGCGCGCACAGUUUGGUGGAGAUCAGGGCAGUCGCUCUGCGGACCGUGGCCAUCAAGGGCGUGCACAGCGUCCGGUACCUCUGCAUGGGCGCCGACGGCAGGAUGCAAGGGCUGCUUCAGUACUCUGCUGGGGACUGUGCCUUCCAAGAGGAGAUCCGCCCCGACGGCUACAACGUGUACCGGUCCGAGAAGCACCGUCUCCCCGUCUCUUUGAGUAGUGCCAUACAGAGGCAGCUGUACAAGGGCAGAGGGUUUUUGCCCCUGUCCCAUUUCUUGCCCAUGCUGCCCGGCAGCCCAGCAGAGCCCAGGGACCUCCAGGACCACGUGGAGUCGGAGAGGUUUUCUUCACCCCUGGAAACAGACAGCAUGGACCCUUUUGGGAUUGCCACCAAAAUGGGGUUAGUGAAGAGUCCCAGCUUCCAAAAGUAACUGAGGCUCUGGCCUCCCUCCCUCCCUCCCCCGCCUGUAGAGGCCAGGACCCCAGACCUGGUGUGUUUGCAAACUGGGUUCCGGCUGUGCUUCUACAAGUACAACCCUGUUCCUUUUAGCUUUAGGAAGAAACGUAGAGAACUUGUACGUAAACAGAGUUUUACAUUGGCUGUGCCAGCUCUUAGCGGAUAGACUUGCAUGAUCGUGAAAUUGUAAGCCCUCCUGCACCCAGCACCUUCACCAUCGCUGGAUGAUUGGCUGUGGGGCCCUGAUACUGCUUGAAUAUCUCCACGGACCUGGGGGCUCACUACCUUUGGGAAGGUACUUACCGCCAAGCUGAAAUUUCCUGCGGUUCUUUGUCGUCUCCAGCGGGGGGGGG